UGCUCAUUGGCUUUAUGGCUCCAAUUCAGCCCCAGUGGAACGUAAUAGUACUUAUUGCAGAACAGGGAGUUACUCUGAAGUAAGCAGACCAACUCCACAAUGUCCUUACUUGUUGACUAAUUGUUCUACCUAUAUUUCCCUAUGGAAGCCUUUAAAAAGUAGCUUUAUUCAACAUCGGGCAUUCACAUCAAAAAUGAUAUAUAAUCAUAUUCUCCUCCUCAUCCUCGUUCUUAUGGGAUUUCUGUUCUCCUGGUUUGGACCACUGGAUGCCUAUCGCUAUGAUAAUCUGGAUCCCGUAUGCAAGCUUCCAAAGAAAAUUGGACGUUGUAAAGCAUCCUUCCCUCGUUUUUACUUUGACACCAAUAGGUGGCAAUGUGAGAUUUUCUUUUAUGGUGGCUGCGGAGGAAAUGCAAAUAACUUUUUAACAGAGGAUGACUGUGUUACAAAGUGUGAAGAACUAAAGAUUAACUUUAUAGGCGCAGUGGACUAACAAAUCCAACACCUCUGAUCAUCAUGUCCAUUCGUCUGGCCUAUGCAUCUUUGAUGCAAAUGAAGCAGUUUCUCCAUUGGUGAUAUCGACCGAUCCUAAAGAAUUUUAAAGAUAAAAAACUAAUGAUUGCCAUUCAUGCUGUUUUCUGAACUUCAUCAGAUUACGCCUGGAAGUGUUCAGAAGAAAAGACUUCCGUCUAACUCCAUUCCAUAAUAAAAAGGAGUUUUUCCCUACCUUACAAUCA